AGGCCAGGAAGAACCUUUCCGCCUCCGUACUUCCAUUGGGGGAGCUCCUCGCGGAGGACGGUGUUGACGUCCUCGAGAGCAUUGAGACGCUGAAGGAGGCUGGAAGUGGCAACGUUUCCUGGGCCGACGUUGAAGGUCCAAGAGACGAGAGCACCAUACUGGUUCUCGUUGAGGUGGACACCAUCAGCAGUCUUCAAGGUGAUGGUCUGCUGGGGGGCCUAUAGUAUUAUAUCACUCGUUAACAACUUUAUACGUCCACCUAAAAGGCCAUGGAAGGGUAUGCGUACCUUGACGUCCUGGAUGAGGAGCUGGGUGGCAGUAUCCUCAGUGAGAGGGAAUGGGAAGCCAACUUCUCCGCAGUUCUUGCUCUGGCAGAGAUGGCCGUAGCCGACGGUUGGGAGACCAACUGGGUCAGGAGCAGGUGCUGGGACGAAGCCCUCGAACUCCUUGAUGAGAGCGAUAGUAGCAGGAUUAACGUCUGGGCCAACACAACCUCUGGUGGAGAUCUGCAUUGGAGCUGCAAGAGCGGCUGGGAGGAAGGAGAUGGCAGAGAUGAAGAUUGUGGAACGCAUUCUGAUUGAUGAGUGGGUUGGUUUGAAAGAUGGAUUGAAGCUUGGAGUUUGGGAUGGUUGUUGUUGUCGUCUUGUUGUCUUGCUUGUUUGGAUAUCUUCAUGGACGGGUUCUGUCGAGGUUUAUAUAGACCUCUUCUCUCCGGCUUCUUUCCUCUCAAGUCAGAGUAUACGAGCUUACUCUCUUGAUCAUCUCUCCCUUGGACCACUGUUCCCGCAGCAGGGAGUCCAUUGCUACCUCUUCAAGCAUCGCGACUGGUGAUGCGUGAUUUCAGCCUGGUGCAUAGGUUGGCUUAAUCCGUAUUUUCGGUGACAGGAGAUGGAGAGGUAGCCACAUUUCGUGAAGCACAGCCUCUCGUGUCCUUGAGUCCCGCCGUCCCCAUCGACGAUCACCAAGAGCCCU